GGAGGAGGAGGAGGGAUGGGAGGGGGCGCGAGGGGGCCGAGCAGCAUUAGAGGCAGCAGUCCUGGGCUGCGCGUCACGUGGGACGAUCGCUCUACACAGUCGCCACUCCUGCACCAGUAUCCCCACCAGCCGCUACUCCUUCAGCAGCACCACUUCCUUCCUCCUGCUCCUGCUCCUGCUCAGCAGCAGCAACAGCAGACUCCGAGUGAUAGAGCAGCAGCAGCUGGAGCUGGUCCGCCCGUGAGUGGUGUGGUAGGGGGCGGUGGCAUCUACCCAGCCCCGACACACACAGCCGCCCCUCCUUCUCCUGCGCCCUCCUCACCUGCGCAUCCCGACAGUCAACCCAAGAAGGUCACCGUCACAUCUUUCAAUCAACCAAAACUUAGACCUGUGGUGACUCAACACUCGGGUCCUCCCACCCCCGUCCUAGAGGAGAGGAAACGACCCCCUUCUCCCGAGAAACCUCAGCCUCUCGCCCCCGAGGAAAAUCCUCCGCCUUCGGCGCCUCCCAAGGACUUGCUCGACGCCGACUCGGAUAAGAGGCGAGAACAGAAGGGCCGCCCGCAUCCGCACCACUUCCCUCCCCGAAGGACAGCCACCGCCACCGCCGACGCCGACGAUUACACUUUCGACAGCGAGAGAAAAGCGCCUCCUCCGCAGGACCCCUUAUUCUCCGUGCCCAAGGUUGUUCUCCAGAGAGAGGCAGAGAGAGAGUCAGCGUCGCAGCUCAGUGUCAGGCCCCGUGAAACCUCAACUCCGAUAUCACACCCCGAAGAGCCUCAGGGAGAGCAGUAUCAUCCACACCUUCAUCAUCAGCACCAGCAUCAUCAUCAUCAUCAUAAUCGAAGAGAGAAAUCGUCGCGCGAGUCCAGCGGAGAUCGCAGAGAAAAAGAGAAGCCUCCUCAGACUGCAAGUGGCGGUGUCAAGGACGGCGACCCCAACAGGGAUGACGGCAGCAAGUCAGUAGCGAUAUGGCGGGGCACUACUGGUGGUGUCGGAGGUCAGCCUACUGCAGGAGGAGGAGCUAAACCGGGAGGAAGAGGGACUCCUUCGGGAGGUUCUUUGGUUUGGAUUAACCUCCCUGGCGGUGGAUCCAAAUUGGAGUGGAUGCCCACCCCGGCACUCGUCACCAUCAAGUCCACGCCGGCCAUCCCCGGUCAGGACCCCAGGAACCAUGUCCACCAGAGUCAGCAGCAGCAACAAAAGGGUCAAAAUGCAGUGUCGCCCGGGACUCGAGAGGGGGACAAGGACAGAGGGGGAGGAGGAGGCGGAGGAGGAGCGACGGGGGGAGGAGAGACGUCAGGGCCUACCUCGGGGGAGCAGCAGCAGCACGCGUCGCGUGCGAUCAGUUGCGUACCACGUGUUGGUGACGACGGAGGAGGAGGAGGACCGGUCCCGCGAAUCGUUCACCAUCAGGCGACGUCGACCCACCCAACGCCGCCGCCUUCCACGACACAUGUGCAAGGUGUUCUGAAGCGGCCGGGCGGCUCCCCAUACACACCCAAACGCGAGCAGCCAAAAAACGGGGUAGGUUCUGCCCCGGGAGCGACGACAGCUGAUCCCGAGGGCAGAUGUGGCGGCGAGGAAGAAGGCACAGUGUUGACAGUGGCGGGCAAGACGAGUGGUCAGGUGGUGCGGAUCCGCGUGAGGCCAGAAGUGCACGCUUACUUGACGGGACUUCCUACCGCAUACGUGGCCGCUAGCAUCAAGUCGGCCACCGCCUCCUCCGGCCGCCGUGACAGCCAUCAGGACAGCCAGAGCAGUUCGGGCUCGGCUUUGACCGGCGGCUCGGAUGGCGGCGGCGAGGGAUCAACAGGUUACCAUGAGCAUGACUAUGAGGAGGUCGUGGACGAGUACACCCUCCUGCGAAGGGCCGUGGACGACCACGACCCCGAAGCCAUGCGGCUCUUGGCAGCCGCUGAAGCUGCCAUCAACCCAGACAUCCCUGCACGGCCCCAUGACCCAGAGGGUGGUGGAGGCAGCGAGUAUCCCUACCUACGAGAAAUGAAAGAGCGACUUCUCCUCUCGCGCGACCCGCCCUUGGCAAGCAUGGACGAGUCGUCCCCGCACGACGCACACGACAACCAGAUGCUGGAAGUACAUCAGACGCCCGUCGGCACUGUCGUCAAGCUGAACGCCGAUGGCUACGGAUCUCACACCUCUCCGACACACCGCGUUGAGAGCUACUACACUGGAACGCUGGAGUCUCGCCGUGGACUCGAGUUCUACCCCAAGAAUGCCAAAACUUCGACCUUCAUCACCUUGAGUUUGCUGUAUGCCACAUUAUUAGUGGUGGUGUGUCUUGGCUUCGUGUUAUCUGAGGUACUGACGCACAAUGUACCUUUAUACUACUAUGAGGCAUUCUUCACGUACCUCUACGGCAUCAGCAUACUGUUCCUGCUGUAUGUGUUAUGCUACCUCCUCUCCGACUCCGCCCGCGACAGGAAACCUAAAAAACCUCAGGUCUUUAUGGGUCACCACUCUGGCCAGUACAAUGUGUCCGAGUAUGAAUAUUACGCAUACAAUGAGGGAGUGUUACAGAAGGUACGACAAACUGAAGGCAUUCCUGAUGGUUCCCCGACGCAGGAGAAGCUCACAUCUUCAACCUGCAGUAAACCCAAGAAGCACAAGACCUCAGACAAUGAGCACAGCCAUGGAUCCUUUUUCCUCAGAAUUGGUGCCAUUGCAUUUGGCUUGGGCACCAUGAUAUACAAUGGACUAGAGUUUGGUGUCUUUUUCGAGAUUCCAAUGGUUUCACCUUGCUACCAGAUCCUGCGUGGAGUGAAUCCUUUGUUACAACUGGUAUUUACCUUCAUGCAGAUGUACUUCAUCUUUAUGAAUGCUAGGCUGAACAUCCAUAAGUUCAAAUUCUUGGCUCGCUUUGGUCUCAUGCAUAUCGUUGCCACAAACUUGUGUGUCUGGGUUAGAACUCUUGUACGGGAGAGUCUUAAAGAGAUAAAUGAGUUCAAGGUAGCACAAGGACAGAAGGGUGAAGACUACAUGAUUCUUGAGGGUAUUCGUCGAGCUUUGGCAAACCGUGGCCUUAUGGCCCCCAACAGGUACCUCUAUAAUCUGGACGAAUUCGUUGAAAUGCAGGAAAUCAAUGAAACCUUGCAGCAGGCUGAUACUACUGGUCUAAUGACUGAGGAGGACAUUGUCAAUCGUACCUGUGAACGUGUUGAAAUCAUGGGCUCUAUAGUGUCUGAUUCGGCUCCAUACCUAUAUCCAUUCAUUGUGGAGUAUUCCCUCAUUGGAGCUUCAGUGCUCUACAUCAUGUGGAAACACAUUGGUCGCAAUCCAAGUGAAAUUGUUCAUUCCAGGUUUGUAUAUGAUCCGGAGGUUGCUGGUGAUGGAAUAUCAGUUGCAUCGCGUCGUUGCCAUUCACGAGUUGAUUGUGUGGGAGCUAGCAAGGGGCUUUUCUGCGGCCUUUUAGUCUUGGUGGCAUCACUCAUCUGUCUCAUACUUUUCUUUGUGCUAGUAAACAGAGAUGAACUCAGAAUGCUGGCUAUUUACCUUGCUGACUGUUCACACUGUGGAAUAAUGUUCUUCAGUAUCAUCGCAAUAUUCAUAGGUUUUGUAAGAGUCCGCCAGUUGAAGUUCCAUGGUGAACGAGAAGAGGAGUUAGAUGACAUUCUUUUGAUGGUGUCUGCAUUUGGCCUCUUCGCUUACGCUGUGUUUUCAUCAGUUGCUGGAUCUCUCUCAGCCUACACCAAAGAACCUAAUCUACUGGUUAUGGUUACUGGUAUUCUCUCUGUUCUCCAGGUGAUAAUACAGAUGGUAUUCAUAAAGGAUACUCAAAGGCGUCAAGUGUCUUUGCCUGAACACGAGAGAACCAAGCCUGGUCGUCAGGUUGUCACGUUCCUGCUCAUCUGCAAUUUGACUAUGUGGGUUAUUUACACCUUCGAAACCCAGAAGGUGGAAGCCAAUCCUGUUCAGUUGGAAUUCUUUGGCGAGUUACCCUGGACCAUUCUGCUGCGAUGCACUUUACCUCUUGCCAUCUUCCAUCGCUUCCAUUCCACAGUGGUCUUGGCUGCCAUCUGGAAGAAUUCCUACAAGACCCGUAUUGAAUGAGGUUUACCAGGUAGGCCGCCGCCCACCACGACGGUCCACAGCAUCAGUAGUUGCUUUAUCCAUACCAACGGAGUGGCCCGCGGGGUCCCAGACAACACACCCCCGGAGCUGGAACCUAUGCUUCACACACCCACAAGUCCCCCACCAGCCCUGGAUCAACGCUCAGAACAUAAAGUUUCUCUCUUCAGUAUCAUUUAAAGUGUAUUUCAGUCAGUGGUCCAGCAAGAUGCUAUUUGGAGUAUUUACACUAAUAUAACAGUGAACUUUCAUCAAAACAGGGUUAGCUACACAAUAUUGAAGUUGUUCCACAUCAAAAUGUGCCAUUCAUAAUGGAGAAUAUUAUCAGUACAAGCAGCAAUGAUGCUAUGGACAGUUAUUUCUUAAUAUUGUAUUAGGUGUUAUUCAAGAGCAGUUUCCUGCAUUUCAUUGAAGGAAAUUUCAGUGUUUUCAUGUGAAGAUUGCUAUAUUGGAUUUACAGUACUAUGUUUCUUAAAUCAGUGAUCAGUAUUUCCGGUGUAACUGUGUGUGAAGGCUACCAGACUGUGUUGUAAGUUUUAAGCCUCAAUGCUGUAAAUACUGUAGAUGCUUAACCCCAAGCUAUAAUAAAUAAGUCAGGCAACUGCUUUUUGUUAUCUUCAGUGAUAGUGUCAUUUAGGCUAAGUCACAUGGAGAACUCACCUACCCUUUGCUCGUGGGUCCUGAUCAGGCUUUUUUUACCACUUUUGCAAAUUUAUGCUGGUCAAAUUAAACCUGUGCAUGGUGUACUACAUUUUACUUGCUUUUAGGAUAAAAUUGUAUUGAAUUUGUAAGACAAGGAAAAAAAUCAGCUGGUCGAGAUCCACCAAAUAAAUGUGUUCAGAAUGAGUCUCCGGCAGUUACAAAAGUCAAGUUUUCCCCGCCCUAUCCUUCUUUCCAGUUUUUGUAAAUAGUAUAAGGCUCACUUCAUGAUGUGUUUAUCCAGCAGCACUUUACCCCUGCCCAUUGAUUCCUUUUCCUGGUUAUGUUUACCAAUAGAAGCUAGGACUCCUGCUGCAGUAGGAAAGCAUUUUUGUAACAGUGGCUGCUUUUUGUAAAUACCAUAUAGCUGUCUUGCUGUGUGUUUGACCCAUCUCUUUCUCCAUAGUACAUGAUUUAAUGGUAAUUGUGCAAAGUGGAAGACUUUUUCUUUAAGAUGUCCAUUUUAUAUUCAAAUGGAAAAGUUGUAGUGUGAGCUUAAGUCACACUGUACCUGAUGUGAUUACUACAGUACUAAUAAUUUAUACCAUACUCCUAAGGCAAUGGAGAUUGCAUGACACUGCAGUAGUUCAUCAGGUGCACAAAUCUUUAUUAAUGAUCAUUUGUAUGAGGUGUGUGUCCAUUGUACCUGUCCCUUAUUAGGCAAGAGCUACCGAGAGUGUAUUGAAUAUCAAAGUUAUCAUUUAUUAAAAAUUUAUUAAAAUAUGAAGACAGUGCAUGCAAGCCCUAUUUUCUAUUGAUUAUUGAGGUAUAGAAUAUAUUUUUGGCCCCCUUAUUUCUCUCUAGCUGAUAGCUUAAACAAAUCUCUUGAUGAGAAUGUGAGUAUUGACCAUUUAAAAUACGUACAAUAUACAGUAUUGUGCAUUUCACAUUUUGGGGUUUGGAAACACGACAAUAAGUAGGAUGACCUGUAGCAAAGUUUUACAUGACUUUUGCAUUUUUUGAAUAUGCGUAAUUUUGUAUUCACGAGCAAGUCACAAACCGGACUGUUCUCAUUUUGCAAAGACUUGUAGCCAUGACUAGUAGCUCUUUUGUGCGUGGCAAGCCUCUUGUGAAUUUCAUCUGGAGCAAGUCUUCAUGCUGUGUUAUACAAGAACUGUGGUCUGGAAUACACUGCUGUGUCUUUAAUGUACCAUUACCAAACUGGUAUUGCUUCAUUUUACAAAUUUUUCACUGCCAUAUACUAAAAGAAAAGAUAUUACCCAGCAUCGCCUCAAAGAAUUUGCCUGGUUGUGAUCAGUCGCCAAAGGGGACCAUUUUUUUUCCUCCAGGUUUAUGGAUGCUUACUCAUCGAACAAUUCAUGGAUAAUUGAAGACACAGUAGACAGACCACUUACUAUGUUUACUGCAUUAAAUAUAAAUGUUCGUACCAUG